AGUUACUGUGCUGUGAAUCACUUAUUUCUUGUUCUGUCCCCUAGUUAGUUCAACAGUAUAGUAGCUUUAGAAAGCUGUCUCCAGCACUCCAAGCCAUCUUUUGAAAAGUGUGUGUGUCUACCUUUCACAUAAAGUGAAACAAAAUAAAUAAUAAAAAUGAUCACCCCUAUUGGGUCGCCCUGUAUUGGAGUGCCUGAUUCCAGCACCUGCUACUCUGCGCCCUGCCCAGGUGUCCUGCCCAGGUGUCACUUGGCAGCAGCUGGUGGUAGGUCAGGCAGCCACGUGGGACACCUGGAUUGGCUUCCAGUUCUUGGCUUCGACUAGCCUGACCUUUGGGGAGUGAACCAGCGGUUGAAAGAUGUCUGUCCUUGUCUGUCUGCCUUUAAAAUGAAAGUGAAUUUCAUGUCGUCUUUCCCUGUGUGUGCUGGAAAGUUGGGUUUUUCUUCUAACUCGGCGUUUGUUUUCCUUUUUUUCAAGGAAGGAGAUGGCAGUGGUGCACCAGUUGUCAUCUGGGUGGUUGCUGGAUCAUCUUUCUUUCCUUACCAAGAUAAACUAUCAGGUUGGCCAGCCCCCCGGGCCUUGGUGCAGUGAGGACGAGCCCCCUGCCGUCGCCCUGGACUCAAUCCCUGCAGAGUCACCAUCUUCCUUUGCUGACUCCUCCAAGCCGCUGCCUGUUGGUGGAGGAAGUUGUCAAACGUUCACACAAAAAUACACUUUCCGAGCUGAACUGUUUAAGAUCACCAAGCCUUAUAUAGCUCCGGCUGCUCACCAGGAGUACCAGCAAAGCAAUGGGAAGCAUGAUCUCGAAGAAGACAAAAAGGAAAACUCCGUCUCUAUUAUUGGGAAGAAGCGCAAAAGAUGUAUUUUCAAUCAAGGUGAAUUGGAUGCUAUGGAAUACCAUACAAAGAUCAGGGAGCUGAUUUUGGAUGGAUCUUUGCAAUUAAUCCAAGAAGGGCUCAAAAGUGGUUUUCUUACUCCACAUUCUGAAAAGCAGGACGCGUGUGGGGAGCCUGUCACGUUACCAGUUGAUACCUGCAGCUUGCCAGGAUUAUGCGCCAUGGCAAAGCAUUUGCCUCCGCUCCAUGAAACUGAACUUCAGACGUUACAAUUGAUGGAGGAUGACUUGUCUGUUACAGACAAGGAUUUAUUUUCACGACUUAUUGAAAACAGCUCUGGAUUUACAAAAAUGAUUACUUUGAUGGGACAGAAAUACUUGGUGCCGCCAAAUAGCAGUUUUCUUUUGUCUGACAUUUCUCAUAUGCAACCACUUCUGAAUAGUAAGAAAAGAUUUGAUGUGAUUGUUAUAGAUCCACCAUGGAAAAACAAAUCAGUUAAAAGAAGUCACAGAUACAGCUAUUUGUCACCAUCGGAAAUAAAGCAGAUCCCUAUCCCUGAGCUGGCUGCCCCAAACUGCCUUGUUGUUACUUGGGUGACCAACAGACAGAAGCACCUGCGGUUUGUAAAGGAAGAGCUAUAUCCUUCUUGGUCUGUGGGGAUGGCUGUGGAAUGGCACUGGGUGAAAAUCACCAAUUCAGGAGAGUUUGUGUUCCCAUUAGAUUCUCCACACAAAAAACCUUAUGAAAUUCUGAUAUUGGGGAGAACUCAAGGAAAAAUGACUUCAUCAUUAAGGGACGCAGCUGUGGGACUGCCCCCCAUGCCACAUCACAGAGUCAUUGUCAGUGUGCCCUGUGCUCUUCACUCGCACAAGCCGCCGCUGGCUGAGGUCCUGAAAGACUACAUCAAGCCAGAUGCACAGUGUUUGGAGUUGUUUGCUCGAAAUUUACAGCCGGGUUGGACCAGUUGGGGCAAUGAAGUUCUGAAGUUUCAGCACGUGGAUUAUUUUACUGCCCUGCCAUCUGGGUGCCGGCUGUGAGCUUCACUAAAGUAAUGGCUGUCUCCUCACCCUCUGCUUUCAGUGUCGUCGGUUUUUCCUUUUAUUACCAAUCAGUAUAUUAAAAAAAUAUGUAACAGGAGUUGUUUUCAGUGCAGUGAAUGUAACUUUUGAUCGCAUUAAUAUUCUGUGUUUGUCUAUAUAAAGAGGGUGAGACUAUGUUGUUGAGCAGGUUCAGAAAGUGUCUGCUGUGCAUCAGAGAAAUCACAGUGCUGUCCAAGGAUUUGGCCCAUACAGCGUUAUUAAAAAAACAAAUAAAUAAAAGUUGAACCUUAACUUGUAAAAAAUCAGAAC